AUACGAGACCGUGCUACUACUGUUGCUAAGCAAUGGACGCUAUUUUGAUCGGUGUCAUGCUCCACUUAUCAUAGUCACCAAGGGAAGAUACGAGUUGUUCCAAAGAGUUUGACAGAGAGCUAGGAUAAUAAUGGGUCCUCUACCAUAUGGGCCAGUAACGGCACACAUUAAAGCAAGUCAUGGACCAGAUACUAUCACACAAAAGUUCUACAUAACAGAAUAUUCGAACAGAUAUGGCCAUGAAGGUUUUUCCCCAAGGACAGGCAAACACAAAGGAACUGGCUACCAAAGUAACUUUAGACCUGGUGUUUAUUACAGCCGAAAAAUCGAUGAAAUGGACAACCCUAGAAUGGGGAAGCUUCUGACUGAUAACUACCUUUCAUUGACAAAGAAACAUUUCAAAGGGUCAAAGGGCUCUGAUGGCAAAGAUCCUUUUCCAAAGCAAGUUUAUAUGGUAAAAAGUGGAUUUGUUCAUGACACAUCACCAACUAUCCCUACAACAAAGAAGGUAAGAUCAGUCUUUGUGGAUACAAAGCAAGAAGGAGUAGUUUACCCAAAUGUGAAGCCUCGACUUUAUGACUUGAAAGGAAAAGACCCGAUAUCAAUAGAAAAUGCAGGCCACGGCCCAAAGUUUAUGUCAACAGAAAAUAAAGCAAAUUUCAGAGGGUUUCCAAGUGAAAGAGUUGAUCUAUCAACAAAAACAGUCGGACCAAAGCAAGAGACUGGAUUCACACACGCCUACAAUGAUGAACCAAUCACCUUUAAGCCGAAUGAUGUUCACGACGGAAAGUUGCCUGGCUGGUACACAUGGCGCCCAACUGGAACAAGUAUGAUGAAAACUGACUUCAGACCUUCAACAUAUCUUCACGGUGGGGAACCAUUCACUACAAUAGCCGUCGGCUCCGACAGAGACACAGGGUACACACGCGAGAUCAAACCGAAAGGAGAAUUCACUCAGCGACAGGAAGAGGUAUAUACGAGACUGUCGCAUGUGAAACCACUGGUGGCAGAAAAGAUAAAGAAGAAAGACCCUGCUGAGUACACCAAUAUGCUCUACGCGAAACAAUAUCCAAGUUUGUCUGGUGCAGCUUUCCGCGGUCGCUCGAGGUCUGAGCAAACGAUGACAGAAAAGCUUGGAAAUGUUACCCUUGGAAGCAAGGAAGAGACUGGUUAUACCGAAAAUAAUUACAAAUAUGUGCCGGUUGCAGAAGCCCCAUUAUCUCUGUUGCGUUUCAAGUCAGAGUAUUAUAACAGGUACUAUGACAAAACGCUAAAAGGCGAAGAAAGGAUGGGUAAUACAAAGGGAAAUGUGAUGGAGCAAGCUGACAAUGGAUUCACAAAGAGCAUUGCUGUUCAUGAUUUUGGUCCUGAAUUAAACACAACAGAGCAAUUGCGAAGGCUGGAUCCGUACGUGGCAAGGAGCAUCAAGACCAGAGAUGUUUACUAUGACUCACACGUACACGAUUCUAAGAAGAAACCCUUUUCAGCUUAAGCUUUGCAAAGCUGUCCUAAAAACAUUGUAGAUCUAAUGGGAAAUUAAAGACCAAGAUGUUGAAGCUUGAUUGAUACUCUACGAUUUGACAUCUAUGGCUAUCUGUAUAGUGAUAUUAAAAUUCUGCUAUAAUCAAGAAAUAGAAAUCAUGAUGCAAAGAUGAGAUCCUUUUGAUUUCAAAGAUACAUUUGUCAUUUGUAUAUGACUACAGUGCCAAUAAUGUUUUGUUGUAGGGGUAUAUAAAAUUUUUUAUGAUAAGUAACAAUGCUGCAGCAUUUUUUAGAACUAUGUAAUUUGUAUACGGUACAUGAUACCCUUUCUUGACUGAGAGCAACUUUUUAUAAUUUUGCUGUUUAAUUCACAAAUGUUCGCAUCUUAUGAGUUCUAAUCGACUCUAGCGUAAAAAAGUUCUAUAAUCAUUCGAUUCUCCAUGUCCCUAUACAUGUCCAUGUCCUUCACAUGGUCAGGCAAAGUCAGUUUGAGUAAUUUAUAAGCAAGAAAUUUGAAGGACACAGCAAAAAGCUUAUUUUUGUCUAAUGAGUUGUUUUCCUUAUCCUAUAUCAUUUAUAAUAGUGGUUGCUUACAUAAUCCUUUUUCUUUAAAAAGCUAGCCGUUUUCAUUCUUACUAACUAUCCAAAAAUCAAUAGCCUAAUAAAAAACGUUGACCAAUUCUUGCCAACAGGUUCCAUUCUACAAAAGUCGUUAUUUUUUGAGCUUGCAAAGAUAUAGCUAGAAUUUUUAUAACUUGCAAGUGAUUUUGUACGAUUCUUGGAUAUAUCCCAUAGUUCUAUAACUCUGGUUUUGGUGACCAGGGUGUGUGCUUAACUUUGCAGUUUCGUCGUCUUCUGGUUCUUAUUGUUAAGUAAAUUUUUAUUUUUCGGCUAUAUCACUCUACAGUCAGGUUUCGUGCCUCAGCAAUUAAUUUCAAGAUAUAGAUUUAAACACCCGACCUCCUUCUCCUACGUGAACCUCGUUUUGAACACUAUAUUCUUUAGGUACAAAACUUUAGUGAAGGUGCAAUUCCGCUGUGAAGAUGCGCAGAUAAAAAACCUUUACUGCAUAAUAAGAUCUUUAUUGCUAGUGUUCCAUUAUCAUCUUUAUUAUUAACAUCUUUAACAUCUCAUCUUAUUCUUAGUGCGUUAUAAGUGUUCCUUUGCAAUAUGAUUCAACGUACCAAAAUGAAAACACGUUUUUCUCAAGAUAAACAUUAUCAUUCAAUUAUUCGUGUAUAGUCAAUGAAAGAACAUUUGGAUAUUGGAUGCUUUUAUUCUAAUGGGAAUAUUCAGGCCCCACGCCACUUCCCCACACCCCUCCCCCACACUUUAUUGCAAAGCAAAUAAUUCCAAAACUGCAUUAUAUGGUGAAAGAAGUCUUGCCCCCACUUUUGUUAGCCUUGCCUUGCAUUAUAUAAUGAAAGAAGUCUUGCCCCCCCCCCCCAAAUUCCAAUUCAUGACGAGAACCCUGAAAUUUAUGUUCUUCUUUCUUACCCCUUUUUAAUUAGAUCCGCCGAACAAGUAUCCUAAAAGACACUUGUCAGUUUUAUAUUAAAUUAUAUGCUAUCGCUGAUUCUGCUAUGAUACCAAGCAUUAUAUGCUCUCUUUUAGGUUGAAGGUAAAUUUGAAAUUAUGAUAAAUGUUAUACUUCCAAGUUGUUCUCUUUCG